AGGGGUGGGACAAAACUGUAUAUUUUAAAAUCUGUAAUCUAACCCCUGAAUCAGGAACAUUGCUCAAAGUUUGGUUUAGACUUAACGAGAUAGAGCCUGAAGGAUUUGAUCUGGGAAUGUUUAUUUCUAAGCGGAACAUGACUGUUUUUUCUCCGAGAACGAGCUUCUUGUUUUCGGUUUAUCACCUCGAGAUUUGACUGGAGAUAUAAAGUAAUACAGCAGGAUAUAUUCUGCGCAAUAUUCUACGCAAUAUUUCGCUUGAGGAAACAGGGCUGAUCGUAGAGUGAGAACUGGUCGAAAAAGUUUAACUUAUACAGCAUUGGGAAUGUCAGGAUGUGGGAAAAGUUAAAGAUCGAGCACAUCUGGAUAUGACUUGCGGUACUGUUUUCAGUAUACGCAGUAAAGAGAUUUUUUUUUAAAAAAAUUUUUUUUAAGUUUUACUCUUCGAGUAACGAGAGCAGAUUUUCACAAACAGAUGACGUUUGAUAAGCUUGUUUGAUUCGUGAGUGAACGCAAGAGGAAAAUCAGCGACAACAUUACAUGCUCUGAGAGAGAAUGCUGACGAGCAGGACAUCGAAACAGGAAUCGCAUUUCAUCAUGUUCAGAUUAGGCUUUGAUUCAAGACACUGACACUAUCUGAUCUAAGAAACAUCCUGGCAGCUUGGAAGUAAAGAGAUGAAGACUUCUGAGAUGCUUUCUGUACUGGUUGUUUUGAUGUAUUCAGGGAGGUACACAGCUCUUACAGAUCAUGUAUUGGACACUCCCCCAGAGGAUGAUGAGGGCGAUGGAGGCAAUUUACAGUGCACAUGUGAGAACACAUAUGCCUGUGUUAACAACACCUGCUCGGACCGUAUCUGCUUCUACAGUUCGGUCCAUAAGCGGGUUGUGAGAGGCUGUUUUCCAACCAGCGAGCAGUGCCAUGUGCCUGACGUUCCUGGCGUGUAUUCUAAGUGCUGCUUCACAAACUUCUGUAAUGCUAACCUCAGUGUGCCUGAACCAACAGAAAAGCCUAUCAGAAUGAUCCUGCUGGUGGGAGUGCCUCUGUUAGUGCUGCUGGUGAUGUCAAUGGCAGCCUGCGGCCUUGUACUGUGGCUGCGCACUAGGCGACAGCACCACCAGCCGAUGGAUCAUGACACUACCUUGAUCAAAGUUCCCAAUGGAGGGGACCCGACUUAUGGGGAUAUCUUUGAUGAGUUUUGUACAUCAGGCAGUGGGACUGGCCUACCCUAUCUGGUGCAGAGGACAAUGGCUCGACAGAUCUCUCUGGUUGAGUGUGUUGGUAAAGGCCGUUAUGGAGAGGUAUGGAGAGGAACGUGGAUGGGGGAGAGUGUGGCUGUCAAGAUUUUCUCCUCUCGUGAUGAGCAGUCCUGGAUUAGAGAGACAGAGAUCUACAACACGGUCCAACUGAGGCAUGAAAACAUCUUGGGCUUCAUUGCAUCAGACAUGACAUCUAAAAACUCCAGCACUCAACUGUGGCUGGUCACUCACUUCCAUGAGUUGGGCUCCCUUUACGACUUCCUGCAGUACAGCAUACUGGGCCCAGAGGGCUGUCUGCGCAUGUGCCUGUCUAUUGCCAGUGGCUUAGUGCAUCUCCACACAGAAAUCCUCACUACACAGGGCAAACCGGCCAUCGCACACAGAGACCUGAAGAGCCGCAACAUCCUGGUAAAAAGGAAUGGCCAAUGCUGCAUUGCUGACCUAGGCCUAGCUGUCAUUCACUCUCAGUCUAAUGACUAUCUGGAUGUGGGCAACAAUCCAAGAGUGGGAACCAAACGCUAUAUGGCACCAGAGGUUUUGGACGAGAGUAUUCGUGUAGAUGUUUUUGAGUCCUACAAACAGACUGAUAUCUGGGCGCUGGGCCUUGUCCUCUGGGAAAUAACCCGCCGAACUAUUGUUAAUGGGAUUGUGGAGGAGUACAGACCGCCGUUCUUUGACAUGGUGCCUUCUGACCCCAGUUUUGAGGAGAUGAAGAAAGUGGUGUGCGUUGACCAGCACAGGCCUUGUCUACACAAUCGACUACACUCUCAUCCGAUCCUGUCUGCAAUUGCGAAGAUUAUGAAAGAGUGCUGGUUCCAAAGCCCUUCGGCUCGACUCACUGCCCUGCGUGUGCGCAAGACUCUCUCCAAACUGGACCAGGACCAUGACUACGACAUAGACAAGCUCAAACUGGACCUAUAGAAUAAACCUGCCAUCAUGCAUUACAGAGGCAGUUAAAUUCUAAUGGACCAUAAUGACAUAUCCAUUCAGACCUUCUUAAUGUGCCUUUUUAAGCUUCUUCUGAUCUUCAGUGCAGUACUGUCUUAAUCUUAAGCCUCCACUGAACAUAGUUUAUCUUAUCCUGACAUUGGCUCUCUGUGGUAAGUUGAGUCCAUAGCAGUGAUGUUAAAUGUUUCCUCUGGAACAUAGCCACACGACUGCUCUUCUAGGGCGACUUGCAUAUUUCAACACGGUGACUCAUUUGUUACUGAAAGUAAAACAGGACUGAUUUUGACCAACCAAAUUAUUUUUGGUAUAGUGAGAGUGAGAGAGUUUUGCCAUGUUGUGAUGUUUUACCCGAAAGGAUGUGGGUUAUUCUGAACUUCGUAACUGCAGAGUUUCCUGAAAUUCUGACAUUCCUGGACAUUAGUCUUAAGAAGGGAGGCUGGUACAUGCUUCAUACUGUUUGUUGCACUUCUAUGUAGCUGAUUUUUUUUCUCUCUCUCUCUCUCUCUCUCUCUCUCUCCAUGAAAGACAUUGGAAUGGACCUUUUUUUUUUUUUUUUUUUUUUU